AUGCAUGCUCUCCAGUCAUACCAACAAGACGGAUCAACUUAUGACAACAAUGCUUACACUCUUACGUCGACUUAUCAUGGCGGUACACUCAAGCUAUGCACAACUCAUCUCGCCGAGCCCGAAGGCCUAGGCCGUCGCCCUGAGUAUAUUAUGACCCAGCUCAAAGGCUGGUCGAUGACCAGUGACCCGGGAACCUUUCGGCACGGAGCAUCCGCAUACCUAAAUGCUCGGGCCUGGGCAAAGGAAAAGAAACAAUAUCAUUAG